AAAGGUGGGGUCUCCCGCCGUCGUUCUCAAUGCUCACAGACGGUCUUCUACCAGUAUUCAAAUCUCGACCGUCAUUUCAUAUUGCUCUUCAGAGGGUAUGGCUUUCCCCUAUAAGCAUGUGGUCCUCAUUGGCGCCACCUCUGGCGUAGGCAAGGGUAUGGCGGAAAGCCUGGUCGAGUCUGGGGUUAAGGUCACCGCUGUUGGUCGAAGGCAGGAUAGACUGAACGAAUUCGUGAACAAAUAUGGGAAGGACAAGGCUGAUGGAGCUGUGUUCGAUAUUGCUGAAUACCAAAAGGCCCAGCAGUUCGCAGCCGACAUUAUGGAAAAGUCUCGGGAUAUUGACUGUCUCUUCCUUAAUGCUGGGAUUCAGCGCAACUGGGAUCUCGCAGAACUUGAAAACAUUGAUCUCGAAGAGUUCAAUUCAGAAAUGACAAUCAACUAUACCAGCUUCGUAGCUCUUGUUCAAGCAUUUCUGCCGUAUCUCAAAAACCAGAAGCCAGCUAGUAUUAUCUUCACUGGAUCAAAUAUUGCCAUUGUUCCGGCCUCCACCCUUCCAAAUUAUUCCGCGUCCAAGACAGCGCUCAACGUUUUCACACUCUGUCUUCGAGAGCAGCUCAAAGUUGCAGGAUCCCAUGUGAAAGUCAUUGAGAUAUCUGGCCCUCCAGUUCAAACCGAACUUCACGACUACAUGGGUGCGGAGACAGGAAGAAAGAUGGGAAUGCCGUUAGAGGACUUCACGAAGCUGGUCAUGGACGGUUUCUAUGCAGGUCACGAUCAGAUUGUUAUUGGAUCUAUUCUGGACCCUACGACCUUCAACGAAAUUGUGAACAAGAGGCGAACUGCUUUUGAGAAAUUGGCUGAAAUCAUACGAGUAGCUACAAAGACACACAAGGGGUGAUGGGCAGGCUUUGAGAAGUAUGAGUUGCCUCCCAUAGACAAGCUCAGAUCUAGUAUUUUUGGAUACAUGAACGUUAAACAGAACAUAAUCCAACC